GACGAAGAGAACUGGGGCCCUUCGUAUUUAUUCACCCCGCCUCCGCCAUCGCCAAUCUUCUUUCUCUCUUCUUCUUCUCUCAUAUCCAUCAUACUCAUCAUACCCAUCGUCUUUCUUGGCUCGUGAAGCUUCUAUACCCUCCAUCCCUCCCCAAUUGGCUUUUCUUGGUUGCUCUCAAAGACAACCCCGCCAAUUGUUUGCUUUCCUCCCUCAACGUUGCUCACCGUAACCUCGCCAAAUACUACAUACCCCAACACCGUCAUCAUGGCAGCCAUCGAGCCCUCGGCCGAGUCCCUUGCUCAGCUCAAGGAGAAGUACACCCAGGCCGGCCAAGACCAGGUCUUCACCUUCUACGACUCUCUUCCCACUGCCGAGCGCGGCGCUCUUUACCAGCAGCUCUCGGGCUUCGACCCCGUCCGUAUCAACGAAAUCACGAAGCUCGCCUUGAACCCUCCCAAGGCUUCUGAUACCCCCGACGCUCUCGAGCCCCUCCCCGAAUCCGCCACCGCCAGUGUCCUCGACUCCAACACCGAGGACAUCGAGAAGUGGUAUGAGUCGGGUCUCGACCUCAUCUCCAAGCAGCAGGUUGCUGUCAUUCUGAUGGCCGGUGGCCAGGGCACUCGACUCGGCAGCUCUGCUCCCAAGGGCUGCUACGAUAUCGGUCUUCCCUCCAAGAAGUCCCUCUUCCAGGUCCAGGCCGAGCGAAUCCGCAAGGUCCAGGAACUUGCCUCUAAGAAGACCCCUGGCUCCGCUGCCGUUGUCCCCUGGUAUGUCAUGACCAGCGGCCCUACUCGCGGCCCCACCGAGAAGUUCUUCGAGGAGAACAACUUCUUUGGCCUGCACAAGGAGAAUGUCCAGAUCUUCGAGCAGGGUGUUUUGCCUUGCAUUUCCAACGAUGGCAAGAUCUUGCUCGAGAACAAGGGCAAGGUUGCGGUUGCCCCCGAUGGCAACGGCGGUCUCUACCAGGCCCUUGUCGUCUCGGGUGUCCUUGAGGAUAUGCGCAAGCGCGGAAUCCAGCACAUCCACGCCUAUUGCGUCGAUAACUGCCUCGUUAAGGUCGCUGACCCCAUCUUCAUUGGCUUCUCUGCUUCCCUCAACGUCGACAUCGCUACCAAGGUUGUCCGCAAGCGUAACGCCACUGAGUCGGUUGGUCUGAUUCUCUCCAAGAACGGCAAGCCCGAUGUCGUCGAGUACUCCGAGAUUGACCAGACCACUGCUGAGGAGGCCGACCCUAAGCAGCCUGACGUUCUUCGGUUCCGUGCUGCCAACAUUGUCAACCACUACUACUCCUUCAACUUCCUCGACUCCAUCCCCCUGUGGGCUCACAAGCUGCCUCACCACGUCGCCCGCAAGAAGAUCCCCUUCGCCGACCUCGAGACUGGCGAGACUGUUAAGCCUGAGAAGCCCAACGGCAUUAAGCUCGAGCAGUUCGUCUUUGACGUUUUCCCCAUGCUGUCCAUCGACAAGUUUGCUUGCUUCGAGGUCAAGCGUGAGGAUGAGUUUUCGCCUCUUAAGAACGCUCGUGGCACUGGCGAGGACGACCCCGAUACGAGCAAGCUGGACAUUAUGACCCAGGGCAAGCGCUGGCUGGAGGCUGCUGGCGCUGUUAUGGUUGGCGAGAAGGCCGCCGAGGGUGCUGAGGUGUCUCCUCUCAUCAGCUACGGUGGCGAAGGCCUCGAGAACUUCAAGGGCAAGAAAAUCACCGCGCCUGCUGUGCUGGAGCGGGAGUAGGAUAACCUCCAGCCCCCAAUGGUGGUGAGAAGUUUAGAGGACAGACAAAAGUUCAAGAUCUUGAGCAUUGACCAGCCGGCUUCCCCAGAGCCCCAGGAACUGCCCACCAAGAUUCCGAUAUGUGGCGGUUUCUCUACUGGCCCUCCGAAGCUGCCAUCAACCGUUUUGCACCCACCCAAUGGAACCCUAAAACGAACACAUGAAGCGAUCUGAAAUUAGAAUUGGAUAGUUCCGAAGCUGUUGGAGUAAGGGUUUGGAAUUGAAAUGGAAAUAUUGGAAACCCAAUUUCUUGGAACGGGCGGCAUCACCGUUGGGACGGAAAUCAACUGCGACGGGACAGGUUUAGUAAAAUGGUUGGACAUGGAGCAAACAAAGCGGGACAAAAGCACAGAAAUGAUAGAUGAAAAUGAAUAAUUGAGCGAUGGUUUAUGUUUCAUAACGGAAAUUUACAGCUUCGACUUGUC